UCUGGACCCCACCCCCUGCUUCCUGCAUCACUGUUUUGACAGCUCUGCUCUUGUCUAGACAUCAGAGGAACUUCAGAUUUGCUCGUGUCAUACUUACAUUCUGCCCACGCAAUGGAGGCAGACAUCUUUGAAUAUGCCCAAGAGCCACAGAGUGAAGACCCUGAAUUUUUCAUUGGGGAGAAGAGGAAGCUGAUUCAACCAACCUCCUUGAAAGACUCAAAGCUCAUAGAUCUCAAAGAAGCGCUGGUGGAUUGGAUCAAUAGCACUCUGAAACCGGAGCACAUUGUGGUCCAGACUUUGGAGGAGGAUCUGUUUGACGGACUGGUCCUCCAUCACCUGCUGAUGCGUUUGGCCAAAGUAAAGUUGCCCGUGGAGGAGAUAGCCUUGACCUCUGCUGCCCAGACCCAUAAACUGGAGGUGAUCCUGGGACAGCUGAGCCAGCACCUGGGCCUGGAGGAGGACCAGACCAAGUGGAGCGUCCAACUCAUCCACAACAAAGACCUCCUGGCCACUGUUCAUCUGCUGGUUGCCAUGGUGAAGCGGUUCCAGCCGGAGCUCGAGCUACCGUCGGAUGUUGAGGUUGAGGUGGUAGUGGUGGAGGUGAGCAAAAACGGGAUUAAAUCCGAGAUACAUAAAGAGAUGUUGACAGAGAAGAGAGUCACAAUACAGACUGAAGAAAAUACAUUCAUAUUAUCAAGAGGAAGAAGUACUGUAUAUGUGUCUACAUUCAAAGAGCACAGGAGCGCUGACCCAGACUCCCAGAGCAAUAGUAAAUGGGACCAUCCCAUCGAUCAACUGCUCCGACUGGACACAAGCAAGGUCAACACAGUCAAGCAGGCCAUUUUACACUUUGUCAACACGAAUAUGUCCUCUCUGGGUCUGCAGGUAGCUGAUAUGGGCAGACAGUUCGCUGAUGGUGUAAUCCUGCUGUUGCUGAUUGGACAGUUAGAGGGCUACUUCAUCCCACUUCAUGAUUUUAACCUGACUCCUGUCAAUCAAUCUGAAAUGCUCCAUAACGUGACUCUGGCCUUAGACCUCCUCAUAGACGCAGGAAUGGAUGUGUCCAGCAUUUCUCCACAAGACAUCGUCUCUCAGGAGUUGCAGGCCACGCUGAAGGUUCUCUACGCUUUAUUCAAGAAACACAAGGAGAAGUGAAAGCCCCACAGCUCAAAGGAUGAAAAGAUUUAGUUUUAUCUUUUAUGGAGAGAUCUACAGCCUGAAGAUGCUGAAAGAAUAGAACAUGACCAGACCAAAGAGACCUGGAUUAUAGACUCGAGUAAAUCAUGAAAUCACAGAUAAAAUGGGAACAUAUUAGAAAAAUUCACUGUGGAUGGAGAUUUAUCUUUCACAUCAAGCACAUGUAUGCCUGUCAUCACGUAUUAAGUUUAAGAGAUCUGAAAGUCAAAGCAAAGCAAAAGUUGAGAAUAUGAGACUGUACAAAAUAGGUUAAAAUGUAAAGCCCCAUUUAAAUACGAAUGGACUUUUUUCCCCUCAAGUGAAAACAUAGAGGCUGUUAUGAAAGCAGACAUCUGUGGAAAAAAUACUAAAUUGGAGCACCCAUGUGUUGGUGUUGUUAUAUUAUGUGAGGGCAUUUUGCAGGGUGCGGACCAUAUGGAAUCAACUGUCUGGAACAGGAUCAAAAUAGGGUAAGUCUACUGUUAUGUUUUAGGAAGACAUUAUGGUUCGUAUCUCUGGUAUUUAGUAAAAAUACCAGAGAUACGUACAUAGAUGAUUAUUUCACAUUUUGUUCAUUGUAAGACGCAAUAUUGACCUAAAAAGACUCAAAAGAAAUAGUUCUACUGACUACAUGUUCAAAAUUGAAAAUUGUCUGCUGCUUGCGUCAUUUCUUCAUAGCUGUGUUUCAUAAGAGGAAGCACCAAAUUAUUUUUUUUAAAAGAACUACUCCUCAUUUUUUAACCAUUUGUGUAGAGUCAAAAUCUUUCAUUGACAGGACUAAAAUAGGUUAAAACCAUACGUGUGAAGAUUCCCCUUAGAUAUAGAUCAUUUUAUGCAAAUAAAAUGUUUGAAUGAACAUUUUAUUAUUUAUUUAUAAAAUGUUUGAAUGAACAUUUUAUUCAUUCAAAGCAAUAACAUCUCCAUGGCAACAAGUAGGACCUCCUUCAGAGUACAUUUGAAUAGGGUUUAUGAAGAUGCAAGCCUGCUUACAGUACAUGUGCUUUUCUAUGUUUUUCGAGCAAUAAAACAUAAUUUUUUGUCUAUAAAGUUA